AUGGCGGCCUCAUUAGCGAGAAUCACGGCCAAUGUUGGCGGACCGGGAGAGCGCAGACGCCGAGCGUACGCGUCGGUAGUCAUGUCGGUCAUUAUGUAUGGCGCUCCGAUAUGGGCGCAGACGGCGGCCGCGGACCGCACUAUCGUCAGGGAGGUGCAGAAGUUGCAGAGGCAACUCGCUUUAAGGGUUAUCAGGGGGUACCGUACCAUCUCUGGUGUCGCUGCGGCCAUCUUUUCGGGGAUGGUACCGUUCGAUCUUGCCGCGGACCGUCUGCGGAGGUCUUAUCUCCGUAGGCGGGAUAUUAUCGCUAGGGAUGGUGCGGUGGCCCCUGGGGCAAGCGCGGCCCUACUUGAAUUCGAGCGUCGAAGGGCGAUCUCGAGAUGGGGCAGGCGAUUAGAGGAAUUGCCCCCUGGCGGACCGGGCGCUAUCAUAAGAGAGGCCAUAGGCGAUGACUUGGAGGCGUGGACGGGGAGGGCACACGGCGCCCUCACCUAUCACGUGACACAGAUGAUGACGGGGCACGGGGUGUUCGAGUCCUAUCUCUACAGGAUAGGACGAAGGGACACCCCGGUGUGCCUGUUCUGUCGGGCGGCGAACGACACGGCGGGGCACACCCUCUUGUUCUGUCCGGCUUGGGCGGAACAGAGGGGUGCCCUGCUGGAAAUCAUAGGGAUAGACAGGACCCUUAGAGCGGUGGUGAGGGCUAGUGUGCGUUCCCCGGAAGCGUGGAACACAUUCGCAGGCCUAUGCGAAGUGAUUAUGCGGAGAAAGGAGGAGGAUGAGAGGGAGCGUGAGCGGGAACGACUUGAUCGACCCGCGGGAGUACCGGUUCUCCCGGUCCCCCCCUUCCUCCCCCUUUAG